GGCAUGGCGGUGAUGCCGUGGCUCAGCAGGCUGCGAUCUCUUCCUUGAUCCCGACACGGGGCGGGAUCCCGGAUCUCUUUCUCAUCGCUGGUCUCGGCCAGGUUCCCCCCGGCGGCGCAAGCCAUGGAGGCCAAAGGGCAUCUUUGCGCUGCUGAUCGCCUGGCUUGCUAGCCCGGAGGUGGUGCCCGCUUCCCGGGCAUAGACGGUUGGACGGCUUCCACUAUACAGAAUACAAAAUAACAAGAGUUGGAAGGGACCUUGUGGGGUCAUCUAGACCAACCCCCUGCCCAAGCAUUGAAGGAGGGGGUUCCCCAAUACCUGGGCAGGGCGAUGUCCGCCGCCGCCCCUCCUAAACCCCAACCUGGGGUGCCUUCUUUCUGCCGCCGAGCUUGGGAGCCGGUGUUUGCCAAGGUGAAGCGAGCCGUGGUGUUCCUGGACCCGGCCUGUGCAGAAAGCCUCCACUGGGCCUGUGGUGGGUUGGAGGCGCUCUUGCAAGCCGGCGCCCUCAACGUCAAGGAGUUCUCCAGCUUUGAAUCUGGGGAGGCUGAGCAACCCAAAGCCGUCUUCGUGGUCAGCACCGCCUUGAAAGGCCAGACCUUGGACAUCAUCCGGGACAUCAUGAGCCUCAGCCGCUUCCAGUACUGCGUGGUCUUCACCGGGGUCAGCCACGCGGUGCACUUGCAAGCUUACAACACGCCCCUCGGCGCUGAGGCCGAGAGCUCUGGCCCGGUGGUCUUCGAACAGUUCGAAGAGAAGCUUUGCCAGUGGAUGGGCAACAUGAACUACACCGCGGAGGUGCACCAUGCUGCUUUGUUUCUGGCUCCCCUCUCGCCUCACCUCUUUGUGACGCCGGCCUUUGCAGCGCUUUUCCCUUUGAUGGUGGAGGAUUUGAUGCAUCUCAAUAGGGUGCGACCCGAGAAGAAGAAAAUCAGCCACUUGAGUGAUGUGGAUUUCUUCUCCCUGCCUGCCGAGUUGCAGCUUGCCAUCCGGUCGCUGGUGUCGGAUCUCAACAGCUUGUUGGAGUACCUUAGUGUUCGGGAGGAAUGUUUCGCCGUUGGAUCACUCAGCAGGAUUAUUGCGGGGGAUCUGGCGAAUUAUUCCCAGGCCAAGCUCAGGAGGAAAAAUGCACAAAAUAAAGCUGCUAUCAUUUUUGUGGACCGGACAUUAGAUUUGACAGGAGCCGUCGGGCAUCACGGUGACAACUUAGCAGAGAAGAUUCUAUCCAUACUUCCCAAGUUGCCCGGUCAUAAAAGUGAUGUGAUGGUCAAUAUGACGGAGCUCACAAGCCUGCACGCUAAUGAGACAAGUUGCAAUAUUAUAGCCCCCGGCUGCUUGGCACAACCAACAGAACCAGCGGCUAGAUCUCUCUGGGAGUCCUUAAUGAAUCUGAAACAGAAAGAAGGUUUGAUGGAAGUUAGAAGACACCUUGUGGAAGCUGCAAGCCGAGAAAAUUUGCCAAUCAAGAUGAGCAUGGGGAGAGUUACCCCAGAACAGCUUCACUCGUAUAUCCAGCUCUUCAAAAAGAAAUUUGACGCUCUCAAAAAUCAUUGUGGGCUUUUGCAGAUCGCACUGGCUGUUGUGCAGACCCUAAAAGACCCCCAGAAUGCCAAAUGGGACAACUUUUUAGCCUUUGAACGGCUAUUUGUACAGAAUAUUGGUGAGUCAACAUUAUUUAAUGCACUGAAGCAACUGCUACCUAUUAUCAAGCCUUCCAGGAACAGAACAGCCGAUGAUUACACUCCCCAAGAGUUCCUCCUAUUAUUGGUGUAUAUUUACUCCAUAGUGGGAGAAGUCAAAACUGGGAAAGAAUUAAAUGAGGCCGAAAGUCAAGUGAAGGAAGCCUUUAUCCAAGCUAUUUGCGAUGAACCAGAGCUAUCACCUUUGCUGCAGAAAAUAAUAGGUUGUGAGUCUUCUUCCACCAAGGUUACAUUUGAAAAAGCCACGGCUGCAGUGAAUGAGGUCUUUAAGUGCCUAAGGGAUGUUACGCGAGCUCGGACGCACAUGAAACAGUUUAAUUCUGUACAUAUCCCGGGAAGCCACAGCCAACAGGCCUCUUAUAAACCAUUGAUGAAGCAAGUAGUGGAAGAAAUUUACAAUCCUGAUCGACCUGAUCCCGUUGAUAUUGAACACAUGUCUUCUGGGCUGACAGAUCUUCUGAAAACAGGGUUCAGCAUGUUUAUGAAGGUGAGCCGACCUCAUCCAAGCGAUCACCCUAUUCUGGUCAUCUUCAUGGUUGGUGGCAUAACAGUAUCUGAAGUCCGAAUGAUAAAGGAUCUUGUAGCCGCACACAAGCCUGGAGUAGAGGUAAUUAUUCUCUCUACAACUCUCCUGACACCACAGAACAUUCUGGAGCUGCUCUUCGCAACAGACUGUCUCAAGCCAGACAUCGGUAUCUGAAGUUGCCAAAGCAGGCACCUGACCCAACUUUGUGGGAAACACACCAAAGUCUUUGCCUUCUAUUUUUCAAGAACAUUCCUUUAAAACAGAGAUGCUCUGAAAUUGCCCAUAACAUGAGAAAUUUUCAGGUGGGAAAACGUGAUGAGCUCCAUGUUUGUGAAGAAAAACAUCUACCUUAGUCAUUGCUUCAAAGCCAUUUUUUGAGUGAUGUCAUGCUAACCUUCCUCUCCUUGCAGAAAUGUUGUGUUUAGCUGAAAAUCCUUUAUCUCCAAGCUUAUUAGCAGCGAUGAUUGUUGCAGGGCAUUAUUGUAUGAGAGCCUGUGGAGAUUCAAAGAACAUUGUAAAACUAUGAAAGAGAGCAACCCAGGCCUUCAUUUUUAGACAAAGCUUUUCCUACAUUCUUUUGAGCACCAUGGCUCACAGAUUUUCUUUAGCAAGGUAGAUAAAAGAUACCCACUGCAAAA